CUGUGACCCCCACUUCUGUUCUCAUGGAAAUCAGAGCCAGCCUCCUGACCGCACUUUUCUGCACACAGCACAAGUUGAAGGCGCAUUCCCAGCCGGGACAAGUCGCGAUGUGGGCGUCAGAGGAAAAACUGAUUGUUUCAAUCUAACUCAAAUCUUUUCCUUUCUUUUUUUCCCCCCCGUCUGAUCUUUUAUUUUUGUCUUUUUCGCUCCCUGCUUCGGUUUGAUCCAUAACAACAUGCUGCAUCUGAUGAGCCGCCUGCUUCUCUGCGCGCUCCUCGGCUCCCUUUGCGCGUCCUGCCCUCUCAGCUGCCAGUGCUCGGAAGCGGCUCACACCGUGAAGUGCGUCUCCAAAGACCUGAGGAGGAUCCCGGUGGGGAUCCCCGGAUACACCAGGAAUCUGUUCAUAACGGGGAACCACAUCAGCCGAAUCGGUCCGGAGUCUUUCCGAGCUCUAGAUAAUGUCACCAACCUCUCUUUAAGCAACAACAGAAUUUCAGAGGUGGAGUCCCGCGCCUUUUCCGGACUCUUCCGCCUUCGCUCUCUGGAUCUGAGCAACAACCAGCUGGCUGUCAUUCACCCCGAAGCGUUCGGUACCCUCAGCCAGUCGCUGCGGGAGCUGAACCUCAGCAAAGCUCUCUACAACUUCUCAUCGGUGAUGGACCUAUCCAGCUGCCUUCAGAGGAGCUCCAUGAGGAACCUGCGGACCCUGGACCUGUCUGACAACAGCCUGGUCUACCUUCCCUCAGGUAUCUUCUCCAACCUGAGCAGCCUGCAGCGACUCCAGCUCUCCAACAACUCCCUGGUGGCCAUCCGCAACCUCACCCUCUCUGGUUUGGAGAGCCUGGAGGAGCUUGAUCUCACACUUAAUGCCUUCAAGACCUUUCCUAAUGAGAGCUUGCAAGAGUUGGACUCGCUUCGCCAAGCCUCCCUGUUUCUGGGGCAGAACCCCUUCAAAUGCACUUGCGGCAUUGAACCCUUCUCACUGUGGCUCAACAGGUCCCAGGACCGUAUCGUGGAUGCCGACAGCCUCGUCUGCAUGUUCCCUCCCAGCAUGAGGAACACAUCCAUCCUUACGGCGGCCACACUGACUCUGGAAUGCUACCAAAGGGACGCCGGGGCAGACCUUGCUUUACAAACCUCUUACGUCUUCUUGGGUAUCGUCCUGGGUUUCAUAGGCCUCAUUUUCCUCCUUGUUCUUUACCUCAACCGCAAGGGAAUCAAGAAGCGUGUGUAUGACAUGCGGGACGCCUGCAGGGAGGUCUGGGAGGGCUACCACUAUCGUUUUGAGAUAGACUCCGACCCAAGGUUAUCGCAGGUCUCCGCCAGCGCUGACCCGUGAACAGACCUUUACUGCGUCACUUCCUUUAGGAACUCUUUGUCCUGUUUCAUUUAUCAGCAACAUAAUGUAAAGAAAAAUGUACAGUUGUAUCUUUAAAUACAUAUAAAGGUUUAAAAAAAAGAAACUGAUCAAAGCAUGCACUCCUGUCAAAUGGAGGUGUUUGACAUUUCCAGAAAGCAAAAGUGAAGUGCCUGAAAUAAGCGCAGUAUUGUUUCUCAGUAUGUGAAUAAAACAAAUCUGAUAGAAAAGAAGAACCCCAGCACUGCAAUAAAAUUCUGACACUAUGAAAACAAA